UGUCCUCAUCAUCCCUCCGUAAGCGCUUAGCUCCCCAUCCACCUGCAUCGCCGCCUCCCCCUCUCUCCUCCUCUGUUUAGCACUCUAAAGCCACAAGCCAAGGGAGUACAGUAAGCAGCGCUUGCCAAUCCACUACAAUCGUAUCAUGAAAACGACGACGACGACAACUUUGCGGAUCCGCCCGCCAAAGAAUUAGCUUCCCCUCCUCCAAGUCUCUUCGGCGGGGGCGGCGGCGAGCUUCAAGAAGAGACGUCUAAUAUAAAGAGAAACCGGGUUAAGUGAUUGGAGUUUGAGGCUGUUCAGAGCCAUGGGUUUCAAGCCGCUGAUGUGGUACUGCCAGCCGGAGAAGCAUGGGGCUUGGUCGACGGUGGUGGAGAACGCUUUUGGCCCGUACACGCCUUGUGGUAUGGAGAGCUUGGUGGUUUGCAUCUCCCAUUUGGCCCUCUUCGGUGUCUGCUUCUAUCGGAUAUGGAGGACUAAGAGGGACCACACUGUCCAGCGGUACUGCCUGAGGUCUCCAUAUUACAAUUAUUUGUUGUGGCUGCUUGCAGCAUACUGCACUGCGGAGCCAUUGUUAAGGAUGGUGAUGGGCCUUUCUGUCACAAAUCUGGAUGGGUACACAGGUCUGGCUCCAUUUGAGGUAGUUACAUUGCUUAUUGAAGCUGCUGCUUGGUGCUGUAUGCAAGUGCUGAUAAUAAUGGAGACAAAAAUCUAUAUACACGAGUUCCGGUGGUAUAUUCGCUUUGUAGUUGUCUAUGUUCUGGUUGGUGAAAUUUCUAUGUACAACCUUGUACUAUCGGUGAGACAAUAUUUUGACAAAUCAAUUUUCUAUAUUUACACCAGCGAGAUAGUAUCCCAGUUUUUGUUUGGUAUCCUUUUGCUUAUCUAUGUUCCAAGUUUGGAUGCUUAUCCUGGAGACAGUCCAGUUAGAACCGAGGCAUUAAUUGACAACAUGGACUAUGAACCACUUCCUGGAGAAGAGCAUAUAUGUCCUGAGAGGGAAGUCAACAUGUUUUCCAAAAUAUUCUUUUCAUGGAUGACUCCUCUCAUGCAACAAGGCUUUAAGAGGCCCAUCACUGAGAAAGAUGUUUGGAAAUUAGAUUCGUGGGACCGGACGGAAACUCUGAAUGGCAGGUUCCAGCAAUGCUGGGCUGAGGAAUCUAGAAAACCUAAACCUUGGCUGUUGAGAGCACUGCAUCGCAGUCUCGGAGGAAGAUUUUGGCUUGGUGGAUUUUUCAAGAUUGGUAAUGAUGCAUCUCAGUUUGUUGGUCCACUAAUAUUAAACCGCCUAUUACUGUCCAUGCAACAAGGGGAACCGGCAUGGACUGGCUACAUUUACGCAUUCUCAAUCUUUGCUGGGGUGGCACUGGGAGUAUUAUCUGAAGCACAAUACUUCCAAAAUGUCAUGCGUGUUGGUUUUAGACUGAGGACUACGUUGGUUGCAGCAGUGUUUCGGAAAUCUCUAAGACUAACCCACGAGAGUCGCAAUAAAUUCCCAUCAGGAAAGAUAACCAACUUGAUGACAACUGAUGCAGAAGCACUUCAGCAAGUGUGCCAGCAGCUUCACAGUCUAUGGUCAGCUCCCUUUCGGAUUAUCAUUUCAGUUAUUCUUCUGUACGAGCAGCUGGGUGUUGCAUCUCUUAUUGGCUCAUUUGUGCUGGUUCUUUUGUUUCCCAUACAGACAUUGGUGAUAAGUAAAAUGCAGAAACUUUCUAAGGAGGGCUUGCAACGUACUGACAAGCGGAUUAGUCUCAUGAAUGAAAUAUUAGCUGCGAUGGAUACAGUGAAAUGUUACGCAUGGGAACAGAGCUUCCAGUCAAAAGUGCAGAGCAUUCGCAAUGAUGAGCUUUCAUGGUUCCGCAGUUCUCAGCUGUUAGCUGCGUUCAAUACUUUCAUCCUGAACACCAUUCCAGUAUUUGUUACAGUUGCCUCAUUUGGGGUGUAUACUCUUCUUGGAGGGGAUUUAACACCUGCAAAAGCAUUUACCUCACUUUCAUUGUUUGCAGUGUUGAGGUUUCCUCUGUUCAUGCUCCCCAAUUUGAUUACUCAGGUUGUGAAUUGUAAUGUGUCACUUCAACGUUUAGAGGACCUACUUCUAGCGGAAGAGAGAAUUCUUUUGCCAAAUCCACCUAUUGACCCAGGGCUGCCAGCUAUUUCGAUCAAGAAUGGAUACUUCUCUUGGGAUUCACAGGCAGAGAGGCCUACACUAGCAAAUGUCAAUGUGGAUAUACCUGUUGGUAGCUUGGUUGCAAUAGUUGGAAGUACUGGAGAAGGAAAAACAUCUCUAAUAUCAGCAAUGCUUAGAGAACUUACACCAGUGGCUGGAACUGAUACAUCAGUGACUAUUCGGGGGACUGUUGCUUAUGUUCCUCAAGUUUCAUGGAUAUUCAAUGCUACUGUACGUGAGAACAUAUUAUUUGGAUAUCCUUUUCAACCAUCGCAAUAUGAGAAGGCAAUUGAGGUUACCUCAUUGCAGCAUGACCUUGAUUUGCUUCCAGGUGGUGAUCUUACAGAGAUUGGUGAAAGGGGAGUGAAUAUCAGUGGUGGACAAAAGCAAAGAGUUUCAAUGGCAAGGGCAGUAUAUUCAGAUUCAGAUGUAUAUAUAUUUGAUGAUCCUUUGAGUGCAUUGGAUGCUCAUGUUGGUCGGCAGGUUUUUGAUAAAUGCAUCAACGAUCAACUGAGGAAUAAAACUCGAGUCCUGGUAACUAAUCAGUUGCAUAUUCUUCCACAUGUUGACAAGAUUAUUCUCGUUCAUGAAGGAAUGGUGAAAGAGGAGGGUACCUUUGAGGAACUCAGUACUAGUGGAAUACAUUUUCAAAAAUUAAUGGAAAAUGCUGGGAAAAUGGAGGAACAAGUAGACGAAAAGCAAGGUGGUAACUCUGAAGAGACUGCAAAAUCAGCUGAAAAUGGAGAUGUGUCAAAGACAGUGAAUGCUUUGUUGAAGAGUGAAGAGAAAACAAAUAGAGGGAAAGAAGGAAAAUCUGUGCUUAUCAAACAAGAGGAACGUGAAACAGGUGUUGUUAGUUUGAAAGUUCUUGCAAGGUACAAGAAUGCAUUGGGUGGGAUGUGGGUUGUUCUGAUGCUAUUCUCUUGCUAUGCUUUGACUGAAGUUCUCCGAGUCUCAAGUAGCACAUGGUUAAGUGUCUGGACAGAUCAGAGCUCUCCGAAGAGCCAUGGUGCUGGAUUUUACAAUCUGAUUUAUUCAGUUCUUUCUCUUGGUCAGGUACUAGUGACGCUGACAAGCUCUUAUUGGCUAAUUAUGUCAAGUCUUUAUGCAGCCAAAAGGCUGCAUGAUGGCAUGCUUCACUCUAUAUUAAGAGCUCCAAUGGUAUUCUUUCACACCAAUCCGCUUGGACGCAUAAUUAACAGGUUUGCAAAAGAUCUUGGUGACAUUGAUCGCUAUGUUGCAGUCUAUGUUAACAUGUUCCUGGGACAAGUCUCACAACUUCUCUCAACAUUUGUUUUGAUUGGCAUCGUGAGCACUACCUCUCUGUGGGCAAUAAUGCCCCUUUUGAUUUUGUUCUAUGCUGCCUAUUUAUACUAUCAGAGUACAGCACGUGAAGUAAAGCGUCUAGAUUCCAUUACCAGAUCGCCAGUGUAUGCACAAUUUUCCGAAGCAUUAAAUGGUUUAUCAACAAUUCGAGCAUACAAAGCAUAUGACAGGAUGGCCAGCAUCAAUGGUAAAUCAAUGGAUAAUAAUGUAAGAUUCACGCUUGUUAAUAUGAGUGGUAAUCGGUGGCUUGCUAUUCGGUUGGAGACACUGGGAGGCAUCAUGAUAUGGUUCACAGCUACUUUUGCUGUCAUGCAAAACCAACGUGCAGAAAAUCAGAAAGCAUUUGCAUCAACUAUGGGUCUACUUCUUACUUAUGCUUUAAACAUUACCAACCUAUUGACAGCUGUUCUGAGACUUGCAAGUCUCGCUGAAAAUAGUUUAAAUGCUGUCGAGCGAGUUGGGACAUACAUAGAAUUGCCUUCUGAAGCUCCUCCUGUUAUUGAAAGCAACAGACCACCUCCAGGUUGGCCAUCAGCUGGAAUUAUCAAGUUUCAAGAUGUUGUCCUUCGUUAUAGGCCAGAGCUUCCCCCUGUUCUUCAUGGCAUAUCCUUCACAAUUGAAGGAAGUGAAAAGAUUGGAAUAGUUGGUCGUACUGGGGCUGGAAAGUCUAGCAUGCUUAAUGCUUUGUUCCGCAUUGUGGAACUAGAAAGAGGAAAAAUAUUUAUUGAUGAUUAUGAUAUAUCUAAGUUUGGUCUUUGGGAUUUGCGUAAAGUCCUUGGAAUUAUACCACAGUCACCGGUUCUGUUUUCAGGCACUGUCCGGUUUAAUCUGGAUCCCUUCAAUGAGCACAAUGAUGCAGAUCUUUGGGAGGCUUUGGAGAGAGCACAUCUAAAAGAUGUCAUUCGGAGGAAUACAAUGGGACUUGAUGCGCAGGUCUCAGAAGCAGGGGAGAAUUUCAGUGUUGGGCAACGGCAACUUCUGAGUCUUGCUCGAGCAUUGUUAAGGAGAUCGAAGAUUCUUGUUCUUGAUGAAGCAACAGCAGCAGUGGAUGUCAGGACUGAUGCUCUUAUCCAGAAAACUAUAAGAGAAGAGUUCAAAUCUUGCACAAUGCUCAUCAUAGCUCAUCGAUUAAAUACCAUCAUCGACUGUGACCGGCUUCUUCUCCUCGGUGCUGGCAAGGUUUUGGAAUUUGACACCCCAGAGACCCUUUUAUCAAAGGAUGACAGUGCUUUCUCCAAGAUGGUUCAAAGUACUGGAACUGCUAAUGCACAAUACCUACGGAGUUUGGUCUUCGAGAACAUGUCUAGCAGGGAAGAGACCAAGAGACAAGAAGGUCAGAGGAGAUGGUUGGCCUCAUCACGCUGGGUAGCUGCUGCCCAAUUUGCACUCGGGGUCAGCCUGACAUCUACGCAGAGUGACCUCCAAGGGCUGGUGAUUGAUGAUGAGAAUAACAUCCUUAGGAGAACAAAGGAUGCUGUUGUGACAUUGCAGAGUGUUUUGGAAGGAAAGCAUGACAACGAAAUUGAAGAAAAGUUGGAAGAAUACCAUGUCCCAAGAGAUAGGUGGUGGUCUUCACUAUAUAGAGUGGUUGAAGGUCUUGCGAUUAUGAGUAAACUGUCACGGAACCGACUUCAACAGUCAGGUUAUGCUUUUGGAGACAGAUCGCUCGAUUGGGACCAGCUGGAGAUGUAGCAAAUGCAGCUGACCACCAUUUUGCACCUCAAAUCUGGUUGCUGGGAAGUGCAAGGGAAGCUUAUGGUGCCUCCACUUUUGUCCAUUGAAGUGACUCUUAAUCUUUCUUUUGCUCUCUUCUUUUCCACAGCUGAUACUGAAGACAUCCAUUAUUGGAAUUAUAAUUGUAAUUGUAAUUCUUCUCUCUCAAUCAUCGGUAUUGAGAGGAUGCCAAGGCACACAGAUAGGUAACAGGCUUUUGCAUGUUUGUAAAACUCUGCUGUGAUGGACAUACAUUGUCUUCAAACACUCUCUUUAAUGUCAAAGAUGCUAUUGCAAGGAUUUAUGAGUAUCAGAAAUGUAGGUUUCUUGUAUGUGAGAGUUCCAUCCAUCUUUCUUUGACCUGACAA